CAGAUAACAGCCGCGGGUUUGAUCAACAUGCGCUCCGCUUCUGAUGGAGAGCUGCGGGGAUAAGCUGCGCCACGACGCCGUUUUCCGCAGUUUGUUUCAGCGUUGAAUGAUGGACAAGGAGCUGGUUCAGCAGAGCCAAUCAGAACAGGCCGCCAAUGGCCCCGCCCCCUCCACCCCCACCACCCCGACCCCCCCUCGGCUCAUCCCCAACCCCAUGCUCCUGGACUCCCCCGCCCCCACACUGACUCCCACCACCGCCUCCCCUCCUCCGCCGCUGACCCCUGCCCCCUCCGUCUCCUUGGCCCAAGGGCCGAAGGCGGCGGCGGCGGGGGGCGGGGCCUCGUCCCCUCACACCCUCAUCCCGGCUCCGCCUAAACUCACCUCCACGGCGGCCCCCACGCUGCGCACCUACUCCCGCUCCCUCCUGCCCUCCCCGGCCUCCAGGGCGUCUCCUUCCUCCUCCUCUGUUGUCACGGCGACCGCAGCUUCACCCGUGGCCUCGUCUUCGUCGGCCGCGACACACGGCAGCACCACGACCUCCACCAAGACGUCCAGCGGCCUGACCAACGGGAACGCCCGGGGGGGGCCCACCUCCCCGCCCAUCACGCCGUUUCACACCCCGGCCAGCCCACCUGGCCGCCAGGCGCAACAGCCUCACCCUGUGGGCACACCUGGUCUGGCACGAGCCAAUCAGAUCGCCUCACCUCUCAGGCAGAGGGUUUCCCAGCAGACUUUGCUCCUGGGGAAAGGCCUCAAAGGGUCGGGGCAGGACCAGGUGCUGCUGAGAGCUCAGAUGCUCAUUCUUACGUCUGCUAUGCGACCUGCACAGCCGCCCUCUUCCUCCUCCUCCUCUUCCUCCUCCGUCCCCUCCUCUAGCCCCGCCUCCGCCCAGCUCCAGAGCCUCACCUUGAGGCCUCCUCCCCCUGGGACCCUCACCAUCCCCCCGUCCCUGCGGCUGAAGCCUUCCUCCUCGGCGCCGCCACCCCUCUCUCGGCCCGGCGCCCCCGUCUUCCCCCCGCUCAGGCCGCGACCGCAGCCCAGCGCCACGGCAACCGAGAGCCCGACCGCGCCCGGCCGCCAUCGUUCCGUUCUGCCUCCAACUCUCUACUCUCCGGUCCGGGCCGUCCCUCUUCGACCCAGGCUUCACUCUCCCAGCAGUCACAGAGCAACAACCCCUCGACAAUCCCUCCACCCCAUCGCUGCGGCUCCCUCCAGUCAGGUCACAUCUGUCAGUAAGCAGCUGACUGGGCUAAAGAGCUCUCCGUUAACUCAAACCGUUCUGGGUCCAAGCCCGUCCCAACACAGCCUGUUAUCUUCCUCCAACCACUUUGAGCGCUCACCGUCUGCAGCGAGGCAGCUACAGAUGAUCGCCCUUUCCUCCAGUCAGCAGCCACAGGCGGGAACGUACGUCCACCCUGCGGCGCAGUCCAAGCCCGCCGAGCUGCCUGAGCGUUCCAGCCAAUCAAAGAAGACCGCAAACAAGGACGACUUGAAUCCUCUUCCUUUGAGCCCCUCUGCUUUGCCUUCUGCUCAAUCUCACACACAAACUCUGACCAAGAAGAGAGAGCAGAAGGAGAGUGAAGAUAAAGGAGCCAUAAGCAGAGGAGUGAGACCAGAAAUCAGAGAGGAACGGAGCGCCGGUAAAGACCUCCAGGUGGAGAAAAAUGUCCAAACAGAGACGAUAAAGCAGGAGAAGCUCACUGACACGGAGCAGGAACCUGAAUCGGAUCAGAUGGAGGUAAAGGAAGAAGACCAGAGAGACAGAGAGAGGAGACAAACAGGAAGGAAAAGGAAACAUGAGGAGGUGGAGGACGAAGGAGGAGAUUCUCCCACGGAUACAUCAGACCGCCAGACCAACCAGAACACAGAACCGGCUCCACAUCCGGACCCCGUUAAAGACUCAAGCAAGGGAUCAAAACCCAAACUGGAUCUCAAUCCAGCACCAGUAAAAACUCCAUUAAAAGCAACAGUUUCAGUCCAGAAUCCAGUAACAGAAUCCGUUCCAGGUGAAAAACCAGUAACAGGUCCACUUCCUGUUAAGGUUCCGGUAACAGGUCCACUUCCUGUUAAGGUUCCGGUAACAGGUCCACUUCCUGUUAAGGUUCCGAUAACAGGUCCACUUCCUGUUACACCUCCAAUAACAGGUUCACUUCCUGUUAAGGUUCCGGUAACAGGUCCACUUCCUGUUACACCUCCAGUAACAGGUUCACUUCCUGUUAAGGUUCCGGUAACAGGUCCACUUCCUGUUAAGGUUCCGAUAACAGGUCCACUUCCUGUUACACCUCCAGUAACAGGUUCACUUCCUGUUAAGGUUCCAGUAACAGGUCCACUUCCUGUUAAGGUUCCGGUAACAGGUCCAGUUCCUGUUAAAACUCCAGUAAAAGGACUGGUUUCCACUAAAACACUGGUAACAGGACUAGCACCAGUAAAAGGACCGGCUGCAACCCAACCUUCAGUAGCAGAACCAGUAACACCAGUACCAGGACCAGCUGAUGUUAAAAUGUCAGUAAAAGGACAGGUUUCGACUAAAACUCCAGUAACUGGACCAGUUCCAGUUCAAACUCCAGUAACUGGACCAGUUUCAGUCCAAACUCCAGUAACUGGACCAGUUCCAGUCCAAACUCCAGUAACUGGACCAGUUCCAGUCCAAACUCCAGUAACUGGACCAGUUCCAGUCAAAACACCGGCAACAGGACCAGCUUCAACCAAAACUCAAGAAACAGGACCAGUUUCAGUCCAAACUCCAGUAACAGGACCAGUCCCAGUUAAAGCUCCUGCAACAGAACUGAUUUCAACCCAAACACCAGUAACAGAGCUAGUUCUGACCCGUAAACCAGUAACAGGACCAGUUCCAGUUAAAUGUCCUGUAACAGAACUAGUUCUGACUCAUAAACCAGUUACUGGACCAAUUCCAGUUAAAGCUCCUGCAACAGGACUAGUUUCAACCCAAACACCAGUAACAGAACUGGUUCUGACCCAUAAACCAGUAUCAGGAACUGUUCCAGUUAAAUCUCCAGUAACAGAACUAGUUUCAACCCAAAUGCCAAUGAAAGGAUUAGUUCUGACCCAUAAACCAGUAACAGGACCAGUUCUGGCCCAAUCACCAGCAACAGGACCGGUUCCUGAGGUCCAAAGCCAGAGGCUGCCAGAACCUCAACGGGACCUUCAGUCCAACCAGGAGGACUUCUGUGAGAACAUGUCGACCCAGUCCGACAAUCAGUCAGCGUUGUCCAGCCUCUCCUCCCAGUCUCCUCCCUCCUCCCCCUUCAUCGCCUCCUCAUCAGAGAACCCUCCCCCCCUGCUCCCCGCUCAGCCCGCCCACCCCACCGACCUCAGCCUGCCGCCGCAGCACGAGGCGGCGAAGGCUGACAAAACGCCAUCGGAUUCCCAGCAUGCGACAGAAGCCGAGGCCGAACCCGUUUACCAAUCAGGCGAUGAGUCUGAGAGCCAAUCGCUGGGCGGCCCCUGGGAGAUGAAGGCGUGGCCUGAGGGGCGACAGGUUCUGACUCACCUGGUGGAGGGAUUCGUCAUCCAGGAGGGUCUGCAGCCAUUUCCUGUGAACCGCUCCUCCCUGCUGGUACCGGAGCAGGUGCCCAAACCCCAGGAGGUGAACGGGACCAACGGGAGGCCGGCGCUGCCCGCAUCAGAACCUGUGAAGCCGACGGAGCCGUCCACAGACUCGGAGGAAGAGGACGGCGGAGACACCGGCGACCUGGGGAACAAGUCGGGCCACAGAGACCGGACGGUGCUGCACUGUCAGUUCUGCGGGAAGCGAGGCCACGCGCACAACUUCAUGCGCUCCAAACGGUUCUGCUCCACUUCCUGCGCGCGCGGUUUCAAUGUCCGGCUGACGAAGCGCCUGAGGGCCCUGAGCGCCGGCAGCCGGUCCGAGAGGCCCCGACCCGCUCUGAACCGGGCCGAGUCGGUACCGGGGAAACCUCUGCUGCUGCGCCUGCCCCGGGACCUCUGGAGCGCCGGGCGCCGCGAGAAAGACGGGAAGGAGAAGCCGGCGGCGGCGGCGGCGGAGCAGAAGGCCGAGGAGGAAGACGACGACCUGGGGGCGUCCCCGCACGGCUUUGGGGAGGCGGAGGACGACGACGACGACGGAGGAGAGGAGGAUCCUGCUGUUGCCAUGGCAGCCAGGAUGGAGCGGCGGGCGGCGCGGCGCGCGCGCAGGGCGUCGGCACCGGCCGUCACGGCCUCGACCCCGACCACCACGUUCCGGCCCGCCCCGGCCCAGUGGAGCGUGGAGGAGGUGACGGCCUUCAUCCACACGCUGCCGGGCUGCGGCGACGUGGCCGAGGCCUUCAGGCUGCAGGAGAUCGACGGCCAGGCUCUGCUGCUGCUGACCGAGGAUCACCUGAUGACCAGCAUGAACAUCAAACUGGGUCCGGCCCUCAAGAUCUGCGCUCACAUCAACGCCCUGAAGAACCAGUGAGAGGACGGAGGCGAGCCCAGAGGGGAACGCAGGGGGGGGCGGCGUUCAGGAGGCAAUAAAGACGAGAAAUCUGGAAACUUUGGGGUUCGUGUGCUUUCAAAGGACCGAAGCUGACACCAAGGAUGACAGAACAAAGUCACAAAAAGAGGAAAUUGUUGGUAAUUUAUAAUUUAUGAUGUUGUGAUGGAGGUGUGGCCUUAGCGGACCGGACCGGACCGGAGCAGAACCUCGUCUGUGUAGCAGGAAACCGCGAGGAGUUUUGUACCUUUCUGUAUAUUUUACAAGCCACUGGAGAGUGUACAUUUCAAGCUAUUUCAUGAAGGAUUUUCAACAUUUAAUAUAUGAAAUUUGUCUAUUUAGUUUUUUUAGAGCGUGACGUCAAUGACAAAUCUAUCCCUGUAGCUAACAUAACCAGUGUGUGUGUGACUGGGUGUGUGACUGGGUGUGUGACGGCGUGCGGGGGUGAGUGUGUGUGUGGCUGAGUGUGUGUGUUAAAGGAAGACGACGACAAUAAUCUGUAGAGUUUGUAAUCAUUCAUCAAAGUUUAAUGUUUUCUAUCAAGUUCUGGACAGAAACUCGUCUCGGUUCAAAGCGUCGCCAUCAGGGUAGCGAGCAGCGUCUGCAGUCGUCACAUUUUUAUGAUAUCCUGCUUGAAAUUAUUUAAUAAAUGAACAAUUAACCAAA